AAGCUGUCAAGCUGCAUUGCAGGUGGCUCCACACAUCAUGGGAAUAAUCAUUUUGCUGUUCGGGUUUUUAGUCCUGAUUGAUCCAGGUAAUGCUCUUAGAUGCUACAGCUGUAUGGGUGAAAAUGACUGUAAAGGAAAAGAAGUGACCUGCCCAGGGGAUAAUGCCAGGUGUAGCACAUCAGUCCUCACAAUAUCUUCCUUCCCCCUUUCCUAUAGGAGUGUCUAUAAGAGCUGUCUAAAUGCACCAAGACCCUCAAGGACAUCUAUUUUUACCCCAAGUCGAACAGUGAGGUUUUCUUUUCAGGAAACAACAUGCAGCUCCGACUUCUGCAACAAUCAGACCAAACUGGAUGUUGUGGAAAGAAACAAUGAUCUCAACUGCUUCAGUUGCAUUUCGCCCGGGAGGUACUGCGAUAAGGAAAUGAUGAGGGAGUUGCCUUGCCGCGGGGAGCAGAAACAGUGUGUGGAUAUGAGAGUUAAAGGGGCAUUGGGAGACAUUUCAGACACCAAUCUAAAAGGAUGUGCCAAUUUCCCAAAGUGCAAUGGAGACCUGCAUUUCUCUAACCAAAAGACAACUCUGUUAGUGCAGUGCUGCGGAGACAACUUCUGUAACAAGCAAACAGAUUUGCCAAAUCGUCCUAAAACACCCAAUGGAAAAGAAUGUUAUAGCUGUCAGACAGAAAAUGGCAAAGAGUGCUCACUAGAAAAUUCCCAGAAGACCAAGUGCUAUGGAGAUCUCACUUCCUGCAUGGAAAUCGCUGGCGUGAGCAUCCAAGGUGGAACACCAAAACCUAUGGUUUUAAAGGGAUGCGCCAACCCUGCUAUGUGUCAGAGCUCAGCCUUUCCACUCCUACAGAAGUUACACAACGCCACGGUACAAUGCUGCAAUAAUAAUCUUUGCAACAACAAAUUAACAGAGGACAAUCUUCUUAUAGAUGGAUACCCCUCUAUCAAUGCUGCACCCACCACUAACCCUCCCAGCACACAAACAGCUACUUUACCAGGUGUGAAUACUAGUAAUAGUAGUGCUGUAAACAAUAGUGCACUUUAUCCAGGGGUUUAUGGAAAUAAUACAGGUCCUGUGGACAACAGUACGGUAUAUAACACAAGCCUAACCGCCAAAAACAAUACAAGUGUCCAAAGUGGCCCCUCAUCUACAGGCAAUGGCGGCCCAGCCUACAAUAGUACUGUCAACGGCACAAACAAUGCUUUUCCAGGGGGCAACAAUGGUUCUGUUACAGGUAACUCACCAACUCAAUACAACGCUUCAGGGAAUGGCAGUUCAACCGGUGCCGGUGCCCCUAUUGCACCAUUCCCAAUUCCUAACACCAGUGCAGGUAAUACCAGCGCUUCCAAUCAGUCGGGAAUGGGUUUGGGCAAUGCUGGCGUCUCAAACACUUCUGUGAAUGGAAGCAGUAAUGCAGGCAAUGGCAGUGUCUCUAGUGGGUCCUCCCCCACGUUACUUAACCCUGCUGGGGGUAACGGCAGCACCUGUAACAGUAGCGCAUGUCUGAAUGUACCUCCGUCAGUCUGUAGCAAUGGGUCUGGCACUGGUGACAUGUCACCUGGAGCCAACAAUGUAGGGAAUGCAAGUAAUAAUAAUAGUAAUGUAGGCAGUUCUAGUCUUUACAAUACAUCAUCCUCUUUAACGGGUAGCAACGGCACUGCAGGCAGCCUAAAUCAAUCAGAACCAGGCAUCACUAGUGUUGGGGGAAAUCUUACUGGGUCCAACCCUUGGUCAAAUGGAAACGGAACUGCAAGUAAUGUCAGUGGUUCUAUUGUGCCCAUCGGAGUACCCUUGCCAAUAAUCCCAGUGCUUUCUGGCAAUCCCUUUAACAUCUCAGGUAACAACAGCAUAGCCAAUAGUCCAAAUGUGUCCAAUUCAGGUGCCAGUAACAUUUGGGGCAUUCAUACUGGAUCUAACACUUCAGCUAAUGGAAGUAGUUCUGUUGGCAAUUUCAGCAGUUCCAAUUUCCCCUAUGGGUCAGGUAUUCCAACUCACCCCAUCGUUAAUGGCACCACCUUUAAUAUAACAGGUAACAGUAGCAAUGCUAACAAUUUGGGUUGGUUUGGGUCUGGAUUGAACCCGUCAGGCAAUGUGAGUAACAAUUUUGGCUCUGGUCUCAACUCCAUGCCAUUUAAUCUAAGCACUGGUAAUGGCAGUGGUGUGAAUGGUUCUGGCAUUAUCAGUAGUGUAUCAAAUCCAGUUCAGUCUCCCCCUGGGUCCAGCUAUGGCAGUAGGCCCAAUUUAUCUUCUACAGGCAAUUCUACAAAUACAAAUGUUAAUAAUGGAUCUGUGACAUCCAACUAUGGAGCUGGUAAUGGCAGCAGUGUGAAUGGUUCUGGUAUCAUCAGUGGUGGAUCAAAUCCAGUUCAGUCUUCCCCUGGGUCCAGCAAUGGCAGUAGGCCCAAUUUAUCUUCUACAGGCAAUUCUACAAAUACAAAUGUUAAUAAUGGAUCUGUGUCAUCCAACUAUGGAGCUGGCAAUGGCACUGGUGUGAAUGGUUCUGGUAUUAUUGGUAGUGUAUCAAAUCCAGUUCAGUCUUCCCCUGGGUCCAGCAAUGGCAGUAGCUCCAAUUUAUCUUCUAUGAGUAAUUCUACAAAUACAAAUGUUAAUAAUGGAUCUGUGUCAUCCAACUAUGGAGCUGGUAAUGGCAGCAGUGUGAACGGUUCUGGUAUGAGCAGUGGUGGAUCAAAUCCAGUUCAGUCUUCCCCUGGGUCCAGCAAUGGCAGUAGCCCCAAUUUAUCUUCUACAGGCAAUUCUACAAAUGCAAAUGUUAAUAAUGGAUCUGUGUCAUCCAACUAUGGAGCUGGCAAUGGCACUGGUGUGAAUGGUUCUGGUAUCAUUGGUAGUGUAUCAAAUCCAGUUCAGUCUUCCCCUGGGUCCAGCAAUGGCAGUAGCCCCAAUUUAUCUUCUACAGGCAAUUCUACAAAUACAAAUGUUAAUAAUGGAUCUGUGUCAUCCAACUAUGGAGCUGGCAAUGGCACUGGUGUGAAUGGUUCUGGUAUCAUUGGUAGCGCAUCAAAUCCAGUUCAGUCUCCCCCUGGGUCCAGCAAUGGCAGUAGCCCCAAUUUAUCUUCUACAGGCAAUUCUACAAAUACAAAUGUUAAUAAUGGAUCUGUGACAUCCAGCUAUGGAGCUGGUAAUGGCACUGGUAUGAAUGGUUCUGGUAUCAUUGGUAGUGUAUUAAAUCCAGUUCAGUCUUCCCCUGGGUCCAGCAAUGGCAGUAGCCCCAAUUUAUCUUCUAUGGACAAUUCUACAAAAGUUAAUAAUGGAUCUGUGUCAUCCAACUAUGGAGCUGGCACUGAUGUGAAUGGUUUUGGUGGCAACAGUGGUGUAUCUAAUCCAAAUCAGUCUCCCCCUGGGUCCAGCAAUGGCAGUAGCCCUGGUUCUUCUUCCAUGGACAAUUCAACAAAUACAGAUGUUAACAACCCUUGGGACAGUAACACAAGUACACCUUCUGAAGGUCUCACUACUGUACAUAUCGAUGAAGGUUCCGCAGAUAUUAAUGCAUCUGAAAUUCCCAAAAAUGAUAACAAUGACCAGGAUUCACCUAACAAAGGAGAUACAUUUUCUUCCAGUAUAUUUAUCCUUCUGGCUGCCAUGCUGCUUAAUGUACUGCACUAAUUGUGAAGAACCUUUCUGCCUCUGAACCCCAAUGUACAGUAUUAGCUACGUGACCUGGCUCUCUAGGUUUUAUCGUGUUUUAAGUUAUUGAUUAUUGAUUUGUAAAUAAAAUGACCUCUUACAAUAAAUGGUUACAUGAAAUUAUUUUCAAAAA